UCUGUAUUAAGCUGACCAAAGACAAUUACUUUGAAUCUGUUGCUUCUCUUUCAACCCUUCCUUUCCCUUCCUUCCCUUCUAAAAUUCUAUAGCAAGUUUAAAACUUUCAAAUCUCAACAUUCCAAAAAUCCUUUCUUUUUGGUUACCCAAUUGACUUUAUUCUCUGCACAGUCCCAGAUCUCUGCAUUCAAAUUCUCAUGGCUGGUCGCUAUGACAAUCCCUUCGAAGAAGAAGAAGUUAAUCCCUUCUCUAAUCCUAAAAGUGUUCCCCCUGCCACAAAUUCAAGGCUUUCACCUCUUAAGCCAGAGCCUGUUGAUUAUAAUUAUGGCUUUGGUGCGACAGUCGAUAUACCUCUUGAUACAUCAACGGAUUUGAAAAAGAAGGAGAAGGAACUUCAGUCCAAGGAGGCUGAAUUGAGAAAAAGGGAACAGGAAGUGAGACGGAGAGAAGAAGCUGCUUCGCGAGCUGGAAUUGUUCUUGAGGACAAGAAUUGGCCACCAUUUUUCCCAAUUAUCCAUCAUGAUAUUGCGAAUGAAAUUCCGAUACAUCUUCAAAAACUGCAAUAUGUUGCAUUUACUACACUGCUAGGAUUAGUGGUGUGCCUUUCAUGGAACGUUAUAGCUGUUACUGCUGCUUGGAUUAGGGGUGAAGGUGUAAAAAUAUGGUUUCUUGCCAUUAUCUACUUGAUAGCAGGGGUUCCUGGAGCAUAUGUUCUGUGGUAUCGUCCAUUAUAUCGUGCUUUUAGGAAUGAAAGUGCUCUAAAAUUUGGAUGGUUUUUCCUGUUUUAUCUGCUUCACAUAGGAUUCUGCAUCUUAGCUGCAGUUGCUCCUCCUAUAGUUUUCAAAGGAAAAUCCCUGACGGGCAUCCUGGCCGCCAUAGAUGUGCUCGGCGACCAUGCUUUGAUUGGGAUCUUCUACUUUAUUGGAUUUGGAUUAUUCUGUCUUGAGACACUGGUCAGCGUCUGGGUUAUUCAGCAAGUAUACAUGUACUUCCGUGGCAGUGGUAAGGCUGCUGAGAUGAAACGUGAGGUUGCAAGGGGAGCAUUUAGGGCUGCAAUCUGAUAAAAUAAUCUUCUGGAGAAGGCAGUUUGGGUUACUUGUUCAUGGAUCAAAGUUGUAAAUUACUAGCCACAUAAAAUAUUUUACUGAGGCUGAUUUUUGUUUGCAGGUGUUAUUUAUUUAUUUAUUUUUCUCUUGUUUAACAUGGCACCUAUUAAUGUGGUUUGUUAUUGUACAUUAUAAGCAGAAACAUGCUUGGACAUAACAGUGGCUGGUAGAAACAUGCUAUAAUUUAUUUAUGUUGA